AUGGCGACGAACGACUGUAGUGCAUUGAGUGAUAGUGAUUCUGAAAGUAGCGAUUCCUCUGCUGCCGAUAUCGGAGAUUUUAGUAGCGAAUUUAUCGAUGAAUUCUACAAUGUUUUUGGAGAUUCGGAUGAUGAAGAAGAGGAGUUUGAGGGAUUUCGUUUCGAAAUGCCGGAGGUCAAAUGGGCGUUGGGAGGAAAUGUGCGAAGACAAUCAGCUGAUGCUGAAACUGUAGAUGAAAGGCCGAAACCUGCAGAAGUAGCAAAUCUUUCGUUGGAUGCAAAGCCAAUCGAAUAUUUACAAUUAUUUUUAUCAGAUGAACUACUGCAAAGAGUUGUAGACUGGACCAUUAUGAACGCAGAAAAAAAAUUGGGUGCAACCGAAGGAGAACGCUGGACUACAACCUUGGAUGAAGUCAAAGCAUAUUUAGGUGUUGUACUAAUUGCAAACAGUUUGCUAACAACACCCAGAAAUGAAAGAUACUUUAUAGCAGACGAAAAUAAAUGGAUCUUUCAUACGAAUAUUUGCAAGGUCUUUUCAAAGAACAGAUUUAGAGAAAUCCAAAGAUUUAUCCAUUUUUGCGAUCCAAAUAUUCCCGCAACAAACGACCGUUUGUACAAGGUUAGGCCAGUUAUUGACCAUUUGCAAAAGAAGUUUCGAGAGAUGUAUGUUCUGGGGAGAGAAAUGUCAGUAGAUGAAAGCAUGAUCCCAUUCAAAGGGCACAUUGCUUGGACCCAGAGAAUGCCGCAAAAACCGGUGAAAGUUGGAAUAAAAGUGUUUGUUGUAGCAGACUCGCAAACAGGUUACUGCUGGAAUUUCCAAAUUUAUACUGGAAAGGUAACAGACCAAGAAGAUGAUGUUGGAGACCUUGGCAAAACUGAUCGUGUUGUGAUCGAUUUGGUUAAAAAUUUAACCCACCAAGGACAUCAUUUAUACCUUGACAAUUUUUAUACCAGUGUGCCCCUUGUUUUAUUCCUGAAGAGCCAGGGAAUUUAUACAUGCGGGACAAUGAGGUCAAAUCGCAGGUAUUUUCCUAUUGAUAUUCUCUCCAGAAAUGCAAAAUCGAUGGCUAGGGGAGAAUUCAAUUUUGCAUUUUUCAAAGGCCUAACUGCUCUAAUGUGGAAAGAUUCUAAGCCUGUCUAUUUCCUGAGUUCCAUUCAUGAUGCCACACUUGGAAAACCAGUGACAAGAAACUUAAAGAAGAACGGCAAAUACGAAAAGGUUCAAAUUGCAUGUCCAAUUCUUGUCAGUGAUUACAACACAAAUAUGGCUGGUGUGGACAAAAGUGACCAACAAUCUGUUGUGAAAAAGGAUAAGAAACAGAAGACGUAUUAUAUGAGAAUAUUUAUAUCCUUUUUCAUGAAAUGCAUAAAUAAUUCUUAUAUAAUUGAAGGGCAUGUCAAGCCUCACGUUGUUCAGGGUAAGGCCAAGCGAGACCUUCUCUCCUUCAAAGAAGAACUUGCCAUACAAUUGGUUGGCAAUGUCCGUGCAAAGGGGAAAGGAAGAAAAAGAAAGAGGACAGAGGAAGAUAAAAGGCUACAGAAUGUUGGGGCUCAUCUGCCAAAAAAAGGCCAAGGCAAAGACCACAGAUGUCUUGUCUGCAAGAGAAAAAGGCAGAAUUGGAUAAAGCAGAACCCAGAUGCCGAUCCAAAAAACUGCCCAUUCAGUUUAUCGAAAACAACUUUUUGCUGUGCAGGUUGUGAGCCACAGGACACUGUAUACCUCUGCAUAACAAAGGAAAAUAACUGUUUUAUUAACUAUCACACCAAAGUUCAAUUUUGGCUAUAA